AAUGAUAGGGACGAAGUAAAGAUUAAGCUAUUCGAUCUUUUCAAACAGGCACGUAAACCAGAUAGACGUAUCAUCGAUAUCUUGAUCACCCUCAUGAACAAACUCCCAGCGGAAACAAUAAAAGAACAUAAAAUUGAAGAACAAGAAUUUAUUGUUAACUACGUUGAUCCAGUUCUAAGCUCAAUGCUGCAUGAUCCCGGUGACAACAAGCUGUUUUUCUAG